AUGAGUAAAAUUAGGGGCCUCCCACCUGAGGUCAGGGAACCAGGCCCUGGAGUGGAUCUGGGGGUGGAAGACGGCCUUCUUUGUCAACUGAUUCAUUCUCCAGAAUUCAACUUGUUCUCCGACUCGGUGGUAUUUGAAAGCAACUUUAUCCAGGUCACUAAGCCCGGGAGCUGGAUGGAUGUCUAUGAAGGUUCUACCACUGUGAUCCUCGGGGUGACCUCCUCAGUGCCCUCCUUGCCACUCCCCAACAUCCUCCUAAUGGCCAACGUCACCUGGCCCCAGGGUCAGUUUUCCACCUGGAGCUCACCUGAUUGUGCUCCAGUGGUCACCCUCAGCAGGAUUCUCCCCCUGAAGUUUGUGGAGCUACAAAUCUGUGACCGGCUCCAACGCAUCCUGAGGGUUAGGACAGUGACUGAAAAGAUCUACUACCUGAGGCUCCACGAACACCACCCAGAGGCCGUAUUUCAAUUCUGGAUCCGCUUGGUGAAAAUUCUGCAGAAAGGUCUGUCCAUCACCACCAAAGACCCAAGAAUCCAAUUCACGCACUGCCUGGUGCCCAAAAUGUCCAACAGCUCCACCGAAAUAACACCUGAAAGCAGCCUCCUGCCAUCCGCCCAGCCCAGCGAAAGCUUCAUGCUGUUGACAGCCGAGCAGACCAGUGACAGUUUCUCGAAUAUCACAGGGAGGCCCCAGCUCACAGCGGACAGUAACACCAAUGUCGCCAUCAAAAUAGACAAUUUGGACAGCUCUAAGACCCCCUUGCGGGUGGCAUCUCCAGUCAGUUUGAAAAUACCCAUGAGAGCUGCCUUGAGCCACAGCCUCUGGGAACAAGAGAAUCCAGAUGAGCACUUCCUGCAGGCUCCUGUUGCCAGUUCCCUAGGAGAGAACUUUUUUGGACCCUGA